AGUGUAUGCCGCAUGCCGCGGGAUCUUUGAACUGCGGAAUCGUCCUUGCAAAAAGUUGCUUGCCAUGUGCACUGCAGCCAGCAGAUUUGUUUGAAAAGUCACUUGAACAUCGUUGUGAAAGUCAACAAUAUCUGAAUUCUGUAGGAGUCGGAGAGCGCAUCUUGCCUCAAAAUGAGCACAUUUGGGGGAUUGAUGGUGGAAUACCCACAGAUUGCAAUCGACAGAUUCCUGGGCCCGGCAGUUCUCAGAGCAAGAGCGUACUUUCUUUCCCACUCACAUGCCGAUCAUAUGGUGGGCCUAGACUCCAGCAAGUUUUCCCAGCGACUUCACCUAAGCAAACGCAUCAGGCUCUACUGCUCAGAAGUCACGCGCGAGUUUCUCCUGACGGACAGACGGUAUGUCCAUCUGGAGUCUUCCAUUACCAGUCUGCCCAUUGAGGAGCCCACCACCGUCGCGCUCUACAACGAGAUCAAUGGCGAGGAGGAACAGGUGCUUGUUACACUGUUGGCUGCAGGCCACUGCCCUGGAUCAGUAAUGUUCCUUUUUGAGGGGGAAGCGGGUAACGUCUUGUACACGGGGGACUUCCGUCUGGCCAAGGGAGAAGCAGCGCGCAUGUUACCGUUGCAUUCUGGGAACAGGAUAAAAGACAUCAAGAGUGCGUAUGUUGACACUACCUUCUGUGUGCCGGAGGCUAUGUACAUUCCCAGUAGGGAGCAGUCACGGGACGCACUUCUGGAUUUAGUCGAAAAACAGAUUCAACAGAGUCCUACCCACAUGGUUCGUCUGGCUUGCAAGGCCAAAUAUGGCUAUGAGUACCUGUUUGUUGAGAUCAGCAAGGAGUUUAAUUUAAAGGUACACGUGUCGCCUGUCGUCAUGGCACAAUACGAGCGGGUUCCAGAUCUAGCGAAGCACCUCACGUCGGACGGCAGAAGCACCCAAGUCCACGCUUGUAGAUACGUGGACUGUUCGAUGCAACACGCCACCAACGUGUUAGUGGUUGUACCCAGCACAAUGUGGUUCACCAGCAACGCUCGUCCAUCGGAUGUACUCAAGAAGGUUGGUCACCGCUACCGGCUGUGUUUCUCUUUCCAUUCUUCGUUCAGUGAGGUUCGUGAUUUUGUCGGCUACAUUCGGCCAGUCAACAUUUACGCCAACGUGAUACCGUACAAUUGCACCGAAGAAAUUAUCAACGAGAGAUUGCAGGAUCUUAGGAGGGCAGCAGACAAGCCUCAGAGCGUCAACCAGCCAUCUGUCUAUAAACCUCUUGGACAGCUGAAGAAAUCUGUGCGAGCGUCCUGGAGAAAGACUGCAGUACCUCACACCAAUGAUGAGAAUGACGAUGAGCUUGCAGAGAUGUUCAAUUCCUCCCCGCCUCCAGUCAAGAAACGUAAGGAGCGCAGCCCUCAAGGAAAAGAAUUGUGCGAUGGACAAGCUUGGGAAAAUGUACAUGUGUCCUCAGAGUCGGGAGACUUUCUCGAAGGCUCUACCCAGGAGAGUUACUUAGCAAUGGACGACAGCGAUCUGAGCAGUGGGGAACUCGACCUGUAUGACUCAGCGCCAGACCAAUCCCAGCCUGUGGAAGACAGUCAGGAAGGAUCUAAGGAUCUAGACAAUGGACUGGGAGAAUUUGUCAAAUCUCUUAGGGAUUAUACGCCACAUAACCUGCGUAGCGAUCCAGUCGGGUCAUUGCAAGGUGCUGGCUUGUCAGAAGGAGGGAGUGAGAAGCAAUUGCAACGGGAGUCCAAACGUGCCGAGAUUGACAGCUGGUUGAGGUUCUUGCCCGACGCGGACACUGACAAGGAGUCCAAGGAAGGGGGCGGGUCAGAAACAGCCACGCCCCCUCCCUCAGGACAACAGCAUUCACUCACUGAGACUGAACCCGCUGAUACGCACCCAAGAGGUGAUGCUGGACCCCCAGAUAGUGCUAAUUGCAUGGAGACCAAGCACGGCAGCAUUACCGAGUUGGGCAGCUCCCAGGAUGAGUCGGACAAAACGGACGAAUACAGCAUCAAGAACAGCCAAGAAACACCUGCUCCUGAUGGGGAAUUGAUGAGGAGGACAAAGCAAAGCAUUUCAGUACAAUUAGAUGGAAGUCGUUGCAAAGCUGAUCAGUCUGAUGACAGGACGAGUGAAGCAUGUGAUAAGGAAGAUAAGAUGGAGACUAUUACAUUGGUAGAUCUUACAGAUGCUCAACAAAAGCAUGGAAGUGGCACCUUACUUGACUUGGUUGAUAAUGGUGCAAUGGAACUGCAGAAGGAGGUCGCGCAAGUGUGCUCAGAUGACUGCAAGACGCUCAAGCCAGACUCAGUAGGUUUGAGAAGUCAAGAAUCCCAAGUAAAGCCUGUAGUUUGCUCAUCAAGAGAAACUAUGGGACAAGAUAGUGCCAACACUGAACGACACAAAAACACAAACAUAUCGCACACUGCUGUCUAUGGAACCGUAAUUGAGUCAAAAUCGCACGGAACGGUCGUGUUGAGUUCCCAGAAUUCGUCGGCCGGCUCAGUAGUUCCACUGGGAACCGAUGACACGCUGGGUACCGAUGAUGAGGCACAUUUGGAGCUGUCACAGGGCACCAGUCAAUCUCAAGACACCUUCCUGCCGAGCUCGCAGGGCUCAGUGGUCUCACGCAGCUCUUCGGAUUUUGACGUCCCUUGUACGCCGGAGGGCAAGGGGCUCCGACCAGAGCGGCUGGAGGCUGUGUGGGUCAUGAUCGCAAAGGGCGAAUCCAUGCCAGUGAUGUCAUGCAACAAGACAAUCCAACUAGACCAAUAGCCGAGCCUGGCAUCCGGGAGCUUCUUACAUUGCCUGGUCUAGUUCCCAGACCUAUUUUACUUAAAACUCAAUGGAUCUUGAGUCUGGAGUACUGACUAGCAACACAUAGCAACCAAUGAAAAUACGCAUGAUAAUGAACAGAUGUUUCCACUGUCUGACAUAAUGCCGCGCUUUCCUAUACUUGUGUUUUUCAAAAUCCUGGUCAGUAAACUUUAAUGUAAAGGAAUGACACCCUUAUGAGUCUGACAUGCCAGAGUCGUGCCAAACCAAAUUAUCAAAAAUAUUUGAAUUUAGCACAUUGAAAGUUUGAUGUUUGAAACAAUAAGGAGUGAUACCGAGAAAAAACCUUCAAAUAGAUUCACUCUAAAGUCAUGUAUUCACAAUGCAGUGCGCUACCAAGAGUUUGCCACAGAGAGUUCAUUUUUCCCAGUGCAUUGUGGGAGAUGGUCGACAAAUUUGCAGCGCAGGACAUUUGAAAUUGUUUGUUUUUCCG